AUCUUGCCUUUGCUUGGGUUUAUUUGUUUUACUUUGCAAUAAAUUUAAUACAGACUCCCUGAAGCAGAGAGGCAGAUGGACUAUAAACUCUGAAUUUUGAGCAGCCGUACUUACUAGAGGCUAACGAGGAGGCCGGGGAGCCUGGCUGGGCACUAUGGGAAGAUGGAAAAGCAAGAGAGUUGGGCUUCUAUGCGAUUCAGUGAUGACGUCAUCAGCACUGUAUCACCCGCCUCCUGCAAGGUCUGAAGCCAGACCCCAUGGACCUAUGUGGGAUCCUUCUGCCUUCCUCGGAGGACGUGUAUGAGUAGAAAGUCCUGGGGAACUCGGAGCCUAGGGGAGGAAAACUCAGAUACACGCACGUAGGGGCAGAUAUAACUAAAUAUUGAGAACACCACAAAUUAACAUUCAUAUGACUGUACAUUUGACUGAGUCGAUAAGACAAAGGGAAAGAAAUGUAACUGCCCCCUCCAGUGAGGGGAAAUGUAACUGCCUCCUCGUGCCUCACACCAGCCUUUACAGUCUCCUCCUGUCUCUGCUUAUUCCACGGAUCACUGAAGAAAGACAGUGAGUGGAAGGAACCAGGAACAGUAUAACCUGGAUUCUUGGCUCAGCUUCACUGAUUACUUCUUUGUACAAAUAUUUGGGCAACAUUUUUAAGCUUGCCCGGCUUCAGCUUCUCUGGCUGCACAGCAGAAAUCACCUGGUUACCACGAGGAAGAUGAUGCUGAUACGGAUAUACGGGACUGGACUGUUAAAAGUGAAUCCUAGGCAGACCCUCCAUGUUCCAGCUGUGCAAUCACCACGAUUAGAGCCAGAAGGCCUCCUCCAGAGGAACACUGUGAGUGGAAUUCCCAGGCCCUGUCAGGGAGUUGGACAUUCCCUGGGAUGACUGGCAUGGUACUCGGAGUGGGUGCUGGCGUGUUCCUCCUCGCUCUGAUCUGGGUGCUGGUGCUGCUGCUGUGUGUGCUGUUAUCCAGAGCCUCUGGGAUAGCUAGGUUCUCCAUCGUCUUUGUCUUCCUCGGAGCUCUGAUCAUUACUACAGUUCUAUUGCUUUUCCCUCGAGCCAGUGAAUUCCCAGCCCCAGAAGGAGAAAUGAAGAUUGUGGACACCUUUUUCAUUGGCCGCUAUGUCCUGCUGGCUUUCCUCAGUGCUGUCUUUCUUGGAGGCCUCUUCCUGCUUCUCACUCAUCAUGUGCUGGAGCCAAUCUAUGCCAAACCACUGAGGUCCUGCUGAGCAUAGUAACGGAAACACGGGACAUGUUGACAUCACGGAUGAGCACAAAGGCAGUCUGGAACCUGACCACCUUCAUGUCUUCAGACCAGAGGGAUAACUAUUUGUCACUAAGGCAAACCUCCUGAGCCCUGGCCUCCAGAAACUCAGUGGCAAAGCAGGGUCCAUGGAUGUAAAUUGUCACCAUCAAGACAGGUACAGCAGUCUUCUCGGAACCCACAUGCAGGAUGUCUGUCUGUUUUGAAUGAACAGUAAUCACAGUGAUCCGCUUUGGGUAAAUUGUUCAGUCAAGCUGUGAGUAGUAGAUUUGGGGAAAAGGAGUUUUGGGCUUUGUUGUCCAACAGAAGAAGCCAGUCCUUUUUAAUAACGUAUAAAUUAUAAGUUCUCAGUUGAGUAUUUGGAACCAUUUGGAAGAGAGAAGCAUUCAAACACAAAUUUGCUUUAAUGAGAUAGUAUGGAAGAUGUAUUAGGCAGCGGUUAUUGACCAUUCCUUAUGUGCAGUUCCACAGAGCUCUGUAAAGACUGUGUGGCACUUGUCUGAAUUCUAAUAAAGCAAUAAACAGCUACCAAAGGGCUUGCUCUUCAAGCCCCUGGCUACAGCUUUGUUAUGUUUACA